AUGGUUCAGCUCCUGGAGGCCACAGACGCUCAGUCUGCUGAACAGGCGCCGCUGCUGAACAAUGCUGGAAUUUUAGACGGACGAGGACAGAGAUAUGUCUCGAUCGCCCAGCUGUCUCCCAAUAGUAGUAGAGAGCUGGCCGACAGCAACCGAAAUGGAACCACAGCGAUCAAGAGUACGACAGGACCGGCAAGUGACGAAGAAAGCCAGAACCGCGAGGAAGUUGAGGAGGGGAUUGGGAGGCGUCAUGUGGUCCGCAUCAUCUCCGUGCUCCUGAUCGGCAUCUUCGUCGCCAACGCCGAUGGAUCCAUUCUUCUGGCAACAUACCCCGUCCUCGGUUCUGAAUUCAAUGACCUGGAGAACUCGAGCUGGCUCAUCACCAGCUUUGCCCUGGCCGGGGCUGCCACUCAGACGCUGUAUGGGAAGCUGAGCGACAUCUACGGCCGGAAGACACUCGUCAUCGCCGCCUAUGUCAUUUUUGUUGCGGGCUGUGCGAUAGUCGGCGUUGGCCAGACCAUGUGGCAGGUCGUUCUCGGCCGGGUCAUCUCAGGGGCAGGAGCCUCGGGGAUGGCGGGGUUAGUCUCGAUUCUGAUCACAGACUUGCUUCCCAUCCGAGACGUGGCCCAGUGGCGUGCCUAUGUCAACCUGAUCGCCACUCUGGGCCGAAGUGUCGGAGGCCCGCUCGGUGGCUGGCUCGUUGAUGUCAUCGGAUGGCGGUGGUCCUUCUUUGGUCAAGUUCCGCCCAUUGUGAUUGCCAUCUUGCUCGUGAUUGUCUGUCUGCCCAGUGCUUCUCCCUUAACGGAUUCAAAGCCCACACAGCAGACCGACAACGGCUUGGCUAGUCAGGAGAGCAGCUUGGCUAGUCAGGAGAGCAAGUUCAGCCGUAUCGACUUCAAGGGUUCCGUUCUCUUCACCCUCACCAUUCUAGCGCUGCUCUUGCCGGUCGAGCUCGGCGGUGUCAAGCUUCCCUGGUCUCAUCCUGCCAUCGCUGCCCUCUUUAUCGCCAGUGUCGCCCUUCUAGUCGUCUUUGUGGCCGUGGAAAAACGGCAGGAGGAGCCCAUCCUGCCGCUUGAGAUCUUCCAUCGGCGGGAUGCAGUCUUCUCCUUCUUGAUACUGGGUCUCCAGCUCGCAGCCCAGCUCGGGCUCAUGUUCUCGGUGCCUCUUUAUUUCCAGAUCACGGCGCGAGCAUCCAGCACCGCUGCUGGAGCCCACUUAGUGCCCGCCGUGGUUGGUAAUGCGCUGGGCGGGUUGAUCUCCGGCCUGCUCAUCAAACGAUCCGGCCGCUACAAGGCCCUGAUCAUCCUCGCCGUCACCCUCUCCGCCUCGGGCUACCUCCUCCUCAUGCUCCGCUGGCACGGCGACACCAACAUCUGGGAGUCGCUCUACAUUUUCCCCAGCGGCUUCGGCAUGGGAGUCGCCCAAUCAGCAGUCUUCAUCUCGCUCCAAGCCGUCAUCGCCGAGCCCUCGCACCUGGCGCCCGCCAUCUCCUUCAUGUAUCUGACCGGCACGAUCGGCCUCACGAUCGGCGUCCCGUUGGCCAACGCUGUCACGCAGACUGUGCUGCGCCGGCGGCUGGGGAAGCGGUUGCUCGCGCUGGGCCUGAGGGGUCAGGAGGUUCGCAAGAUCAUCGCAAACGCCGUAUCGGACGUCUACUUUGUCGAUCGAGUGACAGGCCGUGUUCGAGACGCUGUGGUCGAGUCGUAUGUUGACGGGUUGUGGUGGAGCCAUGGGGUAUCGUUUCUACUCUCUGCCACUGCACUUGUUUUAGCCCUGUUCAUCAAGCAGAAGCCGCUUCCUGAUAGACCUCGGGCAUGACGGGGAACUCCAUGCAAGGUAAAAAAGGCUUGCUCGAACAGGACCAUGACCAUGAC